AUGGUUAGAAUUUACAGAACUGCCAGGGGUGCUCUAUUGGAAGACAACAUGGUCAGAAAUUACAGAACUACCAGGAGCCCUCCAAUGGAAGACAACAUGGUCAGAAUUUACAGAACGGCCAGGAGUGCUCCAAUGGACGACAACAUGGUCAGAAUUAACAGAACUACCAGGAGUGCUCCAAUGGAAGACAACAUGGUCAGAAAUUACAGAACUACCAGGAGCCCUCCAAUAGAAGACAACAUGGUCAGAAAUUACAGAACUACCAGGAGCCCUCCAAUAGAAGACAACAUGGUCAGAAAUUACAGAACUACCAGGAGCCCUCCAAUAGAAGACAACAUGGUCAGAAAUUACAGAACUACCAGGAGCCCUCCAAUAGAAGACAACAUGGUCAGAAAUUACAGAACUACCAGGAGCCCUCCAAUAGAAGACAACAUGGUCAGAAUUUACAGAACUACCAAGAGCCCUCCAAUAGAAGACAACAUGGUCAGAAUUUACAGAACGGCCAGGAGUCCUCCAAUGGACGACAACAUGGUCAGAAUUUACAGAACUACCAGGAGUGCUCCAAUGGAAGGCAACAUGGUCAAAAUUUUCAGACCUGCCAGGGGCGUUCCAAUGGAAGUCAACAUGGUCAGAAUUAACAGAACUACCAGGAGUGCUCCAAUGAAAGAUAACAUGCAACGGUACAAGGCAAGUAACAAAUGGUACAAGCAUCGCUACAAGGCAAGUAACAAAUGGUACAAGCAACGGUACAAGGCAAGUAACAAAUGGUACAAGCAUCGGUACAAGGCAAGUAACAAAUGGUACAAGCAUCGGUACAAGGCAAGUAACAAAUGGUACAAGCAACGGUACAAGGCAAGUAACAAAUGGUACAAGCAACGGUACAAGGCAAGUAACAAAUGGUACAAGCUACGGUACAAGGCAAGUGACAAAUGGUACAAGCAACGGUACAAGGCAAGUAACAAAUGGUACAAGCAACGGUACAAGGCAAGUGACAAAUGGUACAAGCAAUGGUACAAGGCAAGUAACAAAUGGUACAAGCAACAAUACAAGGCAAGUGACAAAUGGAACAAGCAAUGGUACAAGGCAAGUAACAAAUGGUACAAGCAACAGUACAAGGCAAGUAACAAAUGGUACAGGCAAUGGUACAAGGUAAGUGACAAAUGGUACAAGCAACAGUACAAGGCAAGUAACAAAUGGUACAAGCAAUGGUACAAGGCAAGUAACAAAUGGUACAAGCAAUGA